UGGUCAGUCUAUUCCUGACAAAUACAUUUGUGGGGAGACUCGGUUCUCCGGGAGUGUAUCUGAUGGACUUCAGUGUGAAAUGAUGGGUAGAAACGGCCAAAUUUCCUGUUUCCAGUAUGAUGUUUACCUGAAACCUGACCUAAGGCAGCCAUGAAAAUUGACAGAACAAAGCUGAAGAAAACAGUCUCAGAAGUGCCUGCUGACUGUAAGGCACUGAUCGAACACCUGAAGACUGUACCAUUAGAGGAGCUGCCGGGGGUGCUGGACAGCAUCAAGACAUGGAACUAUGGGAAGUGUGAGUUAGUUCACUGGAUAGAUGUGUUGGACCGGUUUGAUACCAUCCUUGAAGAGGCCUGCCUAACACCCCCCGGUGCAGAAUGGACUCUCCCCAUCGACAGGCCAGAGAUGGUCCAGUCGAAGGAGCGUCUGCUGAAGGUUCUGCAGUUCACGGCACUGCUGAUAGAGCACAGCUUCUCCAGACACCUGUACAACUCCAUGGAGCAUGUGACGCGGCUGCUGUCCUCCUCAGACAUGGGGCUGGUGCUGCCGGUGCUGAACCUCCUGUAUGUCUUCAGCAAGAGGUCCAACUUCAUCACCCGUCUGGCUGCCGAGAAGAGACAGACACUCCUAGGCAGGCUGCAGCAUCUUGCUGAGAGUUGGGGAGGCAAAGAAAACGGGUUUGGGCUGGCUGAGUGUUGCCAAGAUCUUCCCUUCUCUAGUUACCCUGCCAGUGCGACUACCUUGCACUUUGAGUUUUACACAGAAGUUACAGAUGAAAAAUCCACACCAGGGAAAAAGCCGGUGAAUACGGUGCAGUGUAUCCACAUUGAGAACGUCGACAAAGUUGCCCAGAGCCCAGCUGAGAUCAUGGAGAAUCUUCUUAAGGUGUAUAACGUACCCAAGGACAAACAGAUGCUGCUGUUCACCCACAUUAGGUUAGCCUACUGUUUCUCCAACUACCGCCUGAGACUACAGUGUGUACAGGCCAGGUUACAGGCCCUGUCAGUCCUAGUGUACUCAGCCGCCCUACAAGACAAUGCCAACACCCUACUGUACAACGGGCUCAUAGAAGAGUUGGUUGAUGUGCUCCAGUUGAAUGAUACCCGACUUACGGAGAUCAAAGCAGCGUCGUUGAGAACGUUAACGGCGAUCAUCCACCUGGAGAGGAACCCCAAUUAUCUCUACCAUGACCCCGCUAGGCUCGGCAACAUUAUUGACGCGACGGGCGCAGCCUCGUACCAUGGCUUUCUCCCUGUGCUGGUCAGGAGCUGCAUCCACGCCAUGACAGACCCCAAUGAGAGCCCGUUCCCCCAGCCCUUUGCCACAGCACUGUUCUCAUUCCUGUACCACCUGGCCAGCUAUGAAGCAGGUAGGGACCACUUCUGCACAGGUGGAGAAGCACUGGUGUCCUGUGGCAUGAUGGAGUCACUACUGAAAGUCAUCAACUGGCUGGGGGACGACCAGGACAACAUCAUCUUUGUGACGAGAGCGGUGCGUGUUGUUGACCUGAUCACCAACCUGGACAUGACGUCCUUCCAGACACACAGCGGGCUCAGCUGCUUCAUCAACAGACUGGAGCAUGAGGUUGAGAUCUGCAGAAAAGAGUGUCCGUUUGUCAUCACGCCAACCAUCAGUGUAGAGGAUGGUGGAGAGGAAGAGGAGCAUCAACAGGAGGAGAACAGGGAAGGGGAGGGGCAGAUCGCCACGGAGACUAGGAACCAAUCAGAAGAGGGAGCUGUUGCCAUGGAAACAGAGACAGCGGCCAGCACGUCCAGUGGGUCGUCUGAUGUCCCAAUGGAGAUGGAUGGUCCAUCACCGGCCAGCACCAGCUCCAUGUCCGAGGACAACCGCACAGAAACAGACAAGAAACAAGACCCUCAGAAGCAGUGUUUCCCCCAGAGAGCAGCUCUGAUGAAAUCCAUGCUGAACUUCCUUAAAAAAGCCAUUCCUGACCCCGCCUUCUCAGACAGUAUAAGACAUGUUAUGGACGGUUCCCUGCCUGUGUCCCUGAAACACAUCAUCAGCAAUGCUGAGUAUUACGGACCCUCCCUCUUCCUACUAGCGACUGAUGUAGUGACAGUGUACGUGUUCCAAGAACCUUCCCUCCUGUCUUCCUUACAAGACAACGGCCUUACCGACGUGGUGCUCCAUGCUCUCCUCAUUAAAGAUGUGCCAGCCACCAGAGAAGUGCUGAGUGCCCUGCCUAACGUGUUCAGCGCCCUCUGUCUGAACCAGCGGGGACUGCAGGCCUUUGUGAGGUGUCGUCCGUUUGACAAACUGUUCAAAGUGCUGCUGUCAGAGGCCUACCUGCCUGCCAUGAGGAGGAGAAGAAGCUCUGAUACAUUAGGUGACACAGCAUCAAACCUGGGGAACGCCAUGGAUGAGCUGAUGAGACAUCAGCCCACACUGAGGACUGACGCCACCAAGGCCAUUAUCAAGCUGCUGGAACAAGUGUGUGCAAUGGGCCAAGAUGCCAAAUUCAUCUGUACGAAACCUGACACCAAGGCCACGCCUAACAGCCAGUCGCCACGGCAACCGGUGCUGGAGGAGACGUACAGCGAGGACGAGGAGGAGGAGGACGACGUGUCGAGUACCACCAGCCAAACCAGCGCCUCCAAGGGACAGGCACCGGAAGCGCAGGAGACCAAAGCCCCAGGAACUGAGGAGGCCAGAACUCCUAUUCCACUGCUGGACUAUGUCCUGAAUGUGAUGAAGUUUGUGGAGUCGAUCCUGAGCAACAACACGACGGAUGACCACUGCAGGGAGUUUGUGACACAGAAGGGCCUGGUGCCCCUGCUGGACAUCCUGGGACUCCCCAACCUGCCCAUCGACUUCCCCACAUCCCCUGCCUGUCAGGCUGUGGCCGGUGUCUGCAAGUCCAUACUAACACUAGCUCACGAGCCACAGGUCCUGAAACAAGGCCUGCUGAAGCUGAAUGAAGUCCUGGAGGCAUUGGAGCCGUUAUACCAGCCCCUGGAACCUCCUGGAGGCUCCGUGCUUCUGCGUGAGCUGGCCAACUCCGCAGCCAAUCCCGAUGCAGUGUUGUCGUCACGUGACACGCCCCUUCUACACGCCAUGGCAGCUGCGCACUCCUACAUCCUGAUGUUUGUACACGUGUGCAGAGUGGGACAGACUGAUAUCCGGUCGAUGUCUGUGAGCCACUGGGGCUCAGACCUGGGACAGAACGUGCUGAAGGGCCUGAGCAGACUGUACCAGUCCCUGGUGUGGGAGAGCACCGUGCUUCUCUCCCUCUGUACUCCUGGUGCGCUUCCCGAGGACUGUGAGUUUGGGAAGACAGACAUGACCAAACUCUUACCCAAGGACGACGGCAAGUCUUCCAGGAACAAGCUUGACGUGGGGAAGGUCGACACUGAUAAACCUGGCACCAGCCUGGACAGUGAAAGAACUGAGGACCCCGUGACAGAAAUGGAGGUUUCCCCCAUGGAGGUGGAAGAUGUUGGUUUGAACGACGCGGAUAAGAAACUGAAGAUUUCUCCACAACUUGCUGCUCAGAUAAAACAGAUCAAGCCGCUGCUGUCUGCCUCGUCCCGCCUGGGCCGUGCGCUGGCAGAGCUGUUUGGGCUGCUGGUGAAGCUGUGUGUGGGAUCACCUGUCAGACAACGCAGCCGGCAGCACCCCCAGGGCAGCACCACGGCCCCCACCCCUGCUGCACGAGCCACCGCCGCAUCUCUAACCAGACUGCUGGCUUCAGGCCUGUGCUGGGAACCACCUCCCAGCUGCCCCACUCCCAAGUUUAGGUUAACAUUCUUCAUCUGCUCGGUUGGCUUCACGUCUCCCAUGUUGUUUGAUGAGAAGAAGUUUCCAUAUCACCUCAUGCUGCAGAAGUUCCUGUCCUCCGGGGGCCUGGACGCACUGUUCGAGACAUUCCAUUGGACCCUGACCCACGGGGGGAAGGUUUCCCUACAGGAGGGACUGGAGCACCCAGAACUGCCAGAUGGUUCAGGAGAGUUCCUUGACGCCUGGUUGAUGCUGGUGGAGAAGAUGGUGAAUGUGAAGAAUGUUCUGGAGUCUCCCCACACGCUUCCCGCCAAACCCUCCCCCACCGCGCCUGGCUUCGUGCCCUUCAGCAGUGUACAGUUCCUGGUACAUGUCCAUAAGGCUGCCUUCAAGGCCGUGAUGCACCUGUGGGAUAAGAAGCCGCUGAAGACAUACGGAGCGAGGAUGUCGGAGUCGAUGCUCGCCAUGUUCUGCCACAUCCUGAAAGGCGAGAGGACCAUCAAGGAGCGGCUGGAGAAGGAGAAGCAGGGGGAGGAGGCGGAGAAGGAGGCCCAGGCGGCUGCAGCUGCUGCUGCAGGGACAGAAGGAGCUGCUGCAGCACCUGCUGCUGCAGCUGCUGCCGCUGCGCCGGCCAGACCACGGGAACCUGACUUUAACCAGGCACAUCUACAACAGCUGAUGGACAUGGGGUUUACUAGAGAGCAUGCUGUGGAGGCACUGACCCACACCACGUCUCUGGAGCAGGCUACAGAGUACUGUCUCACCCACCCCCCUCCCAUCCCUCUAGCUGCACAGGAGUUAGCGGAUGAGAUUGGGAUGUCAGAGGAAGACCAGCUCAGCAGAGCUAUUGCUAUGUCGCUUGGAGCCAACGUUAACCCUGAGGAGGAGGCCAAGAAGAAGGAGGAGGAAGAAAGGAAGAAAAGAGAGCAGGAAGAAGCGGAGAGAGACAAACAGAAGGAAGAGGAGCCGCUCGACCCGCAGCUCGUGGCAGAGUUUACAGAGAACCUCCUGCCUGGUUGUCUGCGCCUGGUGGAUGCGCUGCCUGACACAGUGUACCGUGUGUGUGAUCUCCUGCUGGUGGCCGUGAAGAGAAACAACGCAGCCUGGAGGGACAAGAUGCUGGUGGACGUGGCAGGACAGAUCCAUGCCCGUGCUGUUGUGCUGCUGGAGGCAGCUGCACCUCUGCGAGCCGGUGAUGACAGGACCGUCCAGGACUGGUCCAGCCAGCUGUCCAACCUGGCACAGGCGGCACAGCUGUCUGCCAGAGCACAUCUCUUCACUCUGCUGUUUGAGGAGCUGCGUCAGCCAUGUGCCCAGGUCCUGGAGGACUCCGGCCUGGUGACAGUCCUGGUCAGUCUGUUGGAGACAGCACAGCAGUGCCUCUCAGCCUGCAAGGAGGCACCUACUCCAAAGUGGCUGGCACCUGUUGUGCUGCUGGUCGACCUGUACCAGAAGAUGGCUGUGUCCAGCAAGAGGAGGAAUGCCAUCACCAAGGAGCUGGAGUCCCACACCUGGAAGUGGUUUGAUGACAGGACCGGGCGAUGGUGCAACUACAGUGCCAGUAACAACGCCACCAUCGACCAGGCUUACCGGGCUGGGGAGGCCACUGUCAGGUUUACCGCGGGCAGGCGACGUUACAUCGUCCACUUCGGCACCAUGGUGCAGAUCAACGAGGAGACGGCCAACAGGAGACCCAUCAUGCUAUCCCUCCCACCCAAGGACGACAAGGACAACAGCAAGGAGAAGGAGAAGAUCAAGGAGAAGCGAGCCUCAGCCAAGGCAUUCCUACAGAAGGUGGUGGGAACAGAACAGGCAGAGACUGAAGCUGCAGAAGAACAGAACACGGAGGAGAAGAAAGAAGCUGAACAGAAAAUGGAGACAGAUGAAACUGCUGCAUCAAAGGAGGAGAAGAAAGAAGAGGAGAAGAAAGUUCCAGAGGAGGAGGUUAGACUGAUAAAGGGCCUGGCAUCAGAGCAGAUCUCAACGCUGGUCAGGGCGUGUGUGGGGUUGAUAGGGAUCCCCGUAGACCCAGACACACUACACGCAGUGAUGCGGCUGUGCCUGCGCUGCACCAGAGAACACCAGCACGCGCUCCAGUUCGCUGACCUCGGCGGGACCAAGCUGCUCCUGGACCUGAAGCAGUCUUCUGCCUUCACAGGCUUCAACGGGCUGGCGACGUUACUGAUCCGACAUGUGCUGGAGGAACCCAACACACUCAGGCACACCAUGGAGAAGGCGGUGCGUGGGACUGCAGCUGGAGGUACGGGGAGUAACGUGCUUGGUGUUGCUGCGGGGAGUCUCGGGUCGAGAGAGUUCCACUACCUGCUGAGAAUACUGGGCCCCGCGGCCUGCAGGAGUGCUGAACUGUUCCGGGAAACGGCGUGGAACGCUCUACGUAUCGCACUGCCCCCUCCCUCCAGAAGGGGAAACCUAGCCUCAGAUGAAGAGGAGUACAACAGGGUUCUUGGCCCCAAUGCUGUCCAGCUCCUUAAGACGGCAUCUUCCAAGCCAUUUGCACCUCCACCACUGGAAGGAGUCAUCAAGGAGGUCAUGUAUGACCUUCUCAACGCGCUUGCUACUCAGCCAACAGAAACGAACACUGAGGGAGCCUCCAACACAGCAGAGUCGGACACAGAGACAGGGGAAGCUGUGAUGAACUUUGGGAAUGAGACGGGGACACAGGCCAUCCGCAGACAGAACAGUGUAACAGAGCUGGAUGGGGGUUCAGAGUAUGACAGUGGCACUUACCAGCUGUCCGGCAGUGACAUCUUUGUGAGCGCCCCGAGCAGUCGUGCAGCCAGCACGGAGAACCUGGAUCAGCAGGGCACAGAACCCGACGACAAGGCCAAGGACAAGACUGCUGCCGAGCAGAAGGCCAAAGCUGCAGCCAACCGGCCGCUCAUGACCAAGUCUGCCAUCCUGAAGCUGCUGGCUGAGCUGGUGCGCUCAUACGCCAGCGUGGCUCUGCAGAUCUCCCAGUACCACUACACAGCAGGCCAGGUCGACGGCAUCAAGGAGGAUGGCACUGUGCUGGCAUAUGUGUUGGACAACCUGCUGCCCACAGGCACUGAUGACAGUGACAAGGACACCCCGAUGCUUGCGAGGACCCUGUUGGCUGCCAUAGCGGCCAGUAACCACAGUCCUGACGCACAGGGACUGCUGGUACAGGAGGUCAAGGCUGCCCUGAGCAGGGCCCUGGCACUGCCCGAGAGCUCAGACAAGCACACACGCGUGCAGGCACUGGUGGGGCUUAUAGGGACCAUGAUGGAGGCAUGUCCACCUACAGGGGGCUUCCAGCAGCACCAGCAAGCCUUCAAGUCCCAGCAGCAGAACAGCAUGAACAACAUGAUCCGGAUCUUCCUACGACGUGGCCUGGUGACAGAUCUGGCCCGGAUUCCCCACAGCCUGGAUCUGUCCAGCCCCAACAUGGCCACCACGGUGAACGCAGCGCUGAAGCCGCUGGAGACACUGUCCCGUAUCGUGAACCAGCCCAGCACCAUGGUGGGGAAGGGUGGUGCCAAGGCGAAGGAGGGGACACAGUCUGCCACCGGCGAGGAGUCGGGAACCAGCCAGCAAGACACAGAUGCAGAAACCCCCAGAACAGACGACGGAGAGCAGGGGACUCAGGAGGACACCCAGGCUACCAGAGGUGAGGGUGAGGAUAACGAGGGGUUUGCGGAGUCUCUUGAGGCGCCGGUGAGCCAGGAGAGCCACACCAACUCCAUGCAGUACAGCGCUGACCUGGACGAUGUGAUCGACCAGCUGCUGGAAGGCGACACAGAGGACGACAUCCUGGCAGAAACACUGAUGGUCUCCUCCACACGCCGCAUCCAGAGGGAAUCCACUACAGACUCGCAGGGCCUGGGAGAUUCCCAGCUCACGCAGGAUUCCAGGGAUGGGGAGGACACGGAAAUGGCGAGCGAACAUUCGCAGGAAGGUGUGCGCAGAAAUGACAUGGUGGUGGUGGAGUCUGGGGAGGAGGAUCAGAACGAUGAUGAUGAUGAAGAUGGAGGGUCCAGUGCCGACGACUCAGGCAGUGAGGAGGAGGAUGAACAUGAUGAACAGGAGGAGGAAGAAGAGGAGGAGGAGGAUGGGGAUGAGGAGGAUGUGGAAGAUGAAGGAUCAGAGAUGGGGAGGACGUUUGACAUAGAUGAGUACGAGGAUGACUCGCUGUUCCGCCUGCAGGAAGGAGAUGAGGACCUGUUCCUCCAGCUGGAGGAGAUGUUCUCUAACGCUGGCGAGGCUUACCAAUGGGGGCUGCCGUCGUCCGUGCGCACAUGUACAUACCCGCUGCCCGUGGCUGUGCAUGACGACAAUGGUAAUGAUGGCUCAGGAAACCCCUCCGUCCUCCCAGCUCCGUCCAUGAGCAUUGCGGUGAGCCACCCCCUCAUGGUCCGCCAUGCCGACCACAGCCAGGUGGCCGGGAUCGUCACCUCGUCUGGGCGCGUGCAUCGGCUGGGACGAACCGGGCGGGGCCACCGCCACUACGUCCCCGCCACCCAAACCAUCCACGUGCACUACUCCGGCGGCACCAGGCCUCAACCACCUGCCAUUCUGCAGAGGUUACUGGGCCCCACAGCAGCAGCAGAUGUGCUGCAGCUCACCCAGCAGACCGGCCGGCAGUACGCUCGAGUCUUCAUCGGUGGAGAUGACGUCCGUGUCAUGGCAGGACAGGAGGACGACAUCUUUGAUGACCUGCUGAACGAGGGCGGUAGUGGCGGGUUCAGCGACGCUGCGCCCAGUACUGGUGCUGGGCUGCUGCAGAACGUGCUGACAGCACAGAACCGGUGGGCCGAGGAGUGUCGGGUACUCGAUGGGGACGGCGUGCACCAUGUCAUCGCUGCUGUGAAGAAGUCAAUCCUUGAGAAGCUGGAAGAACACUGCAAGAAGGAGCUUGAGGAGCGUCAGGAGAAGAAGAAGAAACAACAGGAGGAGGAGGACAAGAAGAAGGAGAAGGAAGAGGAAGAGAAGAAGAAAAAGGAGAAAGAAGCCAAAGAGAAAGGAGAGACGUCAGGGCCUGAGGGUCGGGAUGGGGAGGCCAUGGAGGUUGGAACCUCCGAGUCCACAGAAACGUCAGACUCCACCUCCACCCUGCCUGGGUCCCAGUCACAGGCUUCCAUCGUUGCCGAGAUUAUUUCUGCUGUCGGCGGGCUGGACAGCAAUGGGCUGGAGCCCAGCACUGAAACGGCAGAGCAGGUGCCAGAAGGGUCCACUCCAUCCAGGGGGGAGGCAGCUAGCACUGAAGCAAGCUCAACAGAACCUACCACAUCUGUACCCACAGCUGUUACAGCUUCUGCUGCGUCCCCCGCUCCUGUCGUGGCACGGUCCUACAACGUGUCGGUGACCCCUUCCCUUCCGUUUCCGAGUGACUUGCAACAACUGGUUGAGGAGGAAACUGCACGACAGACAACAGAGGAGGGGUCAACAUCACAACAACCUGGAGAAGAAACAGUACCACAGGUUGCUGGGUUCCUCCCUGCUCCCAUGGAGACAAGUAGCAGCACAACAUCAGGACAGGACGAUGUGACCACGUCCACGGACAGCUCCGUCAGCAUCAGCCCCAGCGCGGGAACAGACGCAGCCAUGCCCAUGGACACGUCGGAGGCAGCCGUCAGACAGGAGCCAGGACAGCGGCAGGGCAGCGCAGACAGCGGGACGUCAGCAGGGACAGGAGUGACAGCAGAGGGAGGGGAGGCAGAACAGGCUGCUGCUCAAACUACAGACGGGGAGCGCAGUGGCACAACGAGUGGUGCAGACUCCCAGCCCAGCACCAGCACGGGCACCACGGAGGGGUCAGCCUCCAGCUCAGAAACACCCACGUCAGAGGGUCAGAGUGCCGCCAGCACAGCGGAGACAACACAGGCAGGCCCAGGCAACGAGGAACUCAACUCACUGCUGGGAUCUGACGUGCAGCUUCCUGAGGGCGUUGACCCCUCAUUCCUGGCUGCACUUCCCGAGGACAUCCGCCAGGAGGUACUGCGCACACAGCUGGGGAUCAGAAGAACGCCCCCUACAGCCCAGGCGGGGAACAGCAGUGGGAGCAGCAGCAGUACAGCUGCACCUGACAGUGUGCAGGUCAGCCCAGAGUUCCUGGCUGCACUGCCACCUGAGAUACAGGAGGAGGUUUUACAGUAUGAGCGGAUGGAACAGCAGAGACUGGAGGCCCAGAGAGCAGCAGCUAACCCUGAACAGCCUGUAGACCCUGCAGGGUUCAUACAGAACCUGCCCAGCUCACUCAGACAACAGGUCCUGGCAGAUAUGGAUGACACAGUGCUUGCCGUGAUGCCCCCGGAGAUCGCGGCGGAGGCGCGGAACCUGCGGCGGGAGCUGGAGGAACGACACCGCCAGCUGAUGCAGGAGCGGCUCUUCAGCGCAGCAAGCGGUAGCGUGCUUUCAGCUAUCCUUAGGACUUCAGGUUUGGCCAGUCGGCUGGGAGGGAGGGGGAUCCACUACAUCCAGUCAGCCCUCCCACAGCACCACAGGAACACCUGGCGCUGGGGCACCCAGCACAACCGGGCAGCAACUGCCACUACUGCCAACCAGGUUCGUCUGCGAGGCCGUCAGCUGCUGGACCACGAGGCGCUGGCCUGCCUGCUGGUCUUGCUGUUUGUGGACGAGCCAAAGCUGAACACCAGCCGGCUGCACCGUGUGCUGAGGAACCUCUGCUACCACAACGGCACACGCAUGUGGGUGGUGCACGCACUGCUGUCCAUACUGGACCGCACGGGAGACAACUUGUGCAAGCCCCUGGAGAUCACUGAUGGUUCAGAGAAAGGUUCGGGUAAGAAGUCUCGUCCUUCCAGUUCCACGUCCCAGGACAUGGCUGUGGACACACGGACCUCCCAGCCGUCCUGGCUCUCCAUAAGUCUGGACGCAGCCCUGGGCUGCCGGGCAAACGUUUUCCAGAUACAGAAGGUUGGCGGGAAGAAGCACGUGGAACGACACAGUGGGGCCGUCCAUAUACACCCGCAGGCUUCCCCCAUCGUAUGUAGACACGUCAUGGACACUCUCAUCUCUCUAGCCAAGGUUUUCCCCGGACAUUUUAUCCCUGGAAAGGCCAGGGAAGCUGGGACCUGUUCCACUAGUAGUAGUAGUCAAACCCAGGCUAACAAGGUAAAAGAGACUCCAACCACAGCAAGUGUUGCAAACAAAGUAGGUAGCAGUAAAACAGACACAGACUUCUGGGACGUUCUGGUUAAGCUGGACUCCAUGAGCGUGGGGAGGAAAGGGAAGGGCAUGGCCAAGUCUCACGCGGGAACCAGCACGAGUGACGGGGAGCAGGGCGGGGAGAGUCUGGAGACCUCGCCCCUGGGCCUGCUGCUGCAGAUGUUGGCCCACCCUGUGAUACGGCGGAGCUCGGUGCUGACAGACAAGCUGCUGAGGUUGUUAUCCCUGGUGUCCAUCGCACUGCCUGAGGAGAUGAAGAAGGCAGAGGAACAGGCGAGAGAAGAGGCAGCCAGGAGAGAGGACAACAGGACAGAGGAGUCUGCUGCAGAGUCAGGAGCAACUGGAGGUACUGAGGCAGCUGCAGUGGAACAGAGACCAGCAGAACAAACAGCUACUGUACAGUCUGCACUUGAGCUGGUGCCAACAGCAACCUCCACCCCCUCCCCCACCCUGAGCCGGAAGGACACAGUAACCCCCCGCCCCACCUCAACCUCCUCAGUCUUCGAUGAUUCUGCAGGGAGAGCAACAAACAUCAUGCUGGAGAAACAGCUCCAGCUGGCUGUAGAUAUCCUGACGUCCCAUUCCUGUUCAGAGGAAGGUCUGGAGGACGCCACCAAUGUGCUGCUGCAGCUGUCCAGAAUAGACAACCAGACCCGAGAGUCUGUCCUCAAACUGCUUCUCCAGGGGGGCAGACAGCUGGGCCACACACUGUGUGAGCAGAUUUUCCAGCUGCUGCAGGAGGUCAGAGAUCACAUCUCCAGACUAAAGCAGCAGGGAGCGCCCGGGGCAGAGGGAGGCAUGGAGGAACUUGUCUCUCCAGAGGAGGGGGCCGGCACAUCACAGGCCAGACAACGAGGAGUCAUCUCCAACAGGUUUGACAGCCAGAUGGUUGUUGUUGCUGCCCCCACCAAAGUGAAAGGAGGUCGGGAGCUGCAGCUGCCCAGCAUGGCCCAGCUCACCAGCAAGACCUCCACCCAGAGCUUCUUCCUCCGCAUCCUUAAAGUCAUCAUCCAGCUACGAGAAGCUGCCAGGAGAGCUGUCAAGAAGGCACGGGAUGCAGAGAAAAGACAAGGAGGCCUAAACAUCAGCACCACAGCAUCAAGCAUAGCUUCGGCUGUUUCAGCGUUGGAGGCGGAAGCCGAGGCUAUCAUUGAGAUGGUGGGAAGGAGGGAGCGAGAGAGACUGCAAAGGGAGAACUCUGCACCAGCAGCACCAGGCACGGCAGCAGCAGGGGCAUCCACCAGUACUGAGGGUCAGGCUGAAGCGACCGCAGCCUCAGCAGAAGAGCCAGCAGGCCCUGCCCUGGGUGACAUCAUCGGGGAGGUGCCCAUGGACCUGGAGCAGCAGGCAGCUGGGUCAGCAGCAUCUACAGCUGAGGACACUCCUGCACAGGCCGAGGAAGUACAGCCAGCAGGGAAAAAGGAGGAUCCCGAGGAGCCUGAGUUGCCGAGGCUGAGCAGUCAGCUGACCCUGGAGGAACUCUGGGAUACGCUGAGCGAGUGUCUGACAGCGCUAUCAGACACGACGGACCAUCACGCGGUUCUCGUGCUCCAGCCCGCUGUGGAAGCUUUCUUCCUCGUGCACGCUGCAGAGAAGGAAAAGGAGAAGAAGGCAGGAGAACAGAGACAAUCGGAGAGGCAGCGACAUGACAGCCAUCUCAGUGACCACGCGCCCAUGUCACCGCUCCCAGCCACACCUGCAGACAGUGGGUCCAGUCUGGCACGCCAGGAGUCUGUUGCCUCUGUGUCAUCUGUAGCAAACCUCACCGGGCUUCCACAUGACACACAGAAGUUCCUCAGAUUCGCAAAGACCCACCGCACCGUGCUGAACCAGAUCCUCCGCCAGUCCACGCAGCACCUCGCUGACGGGCCGUUCUCUGUGCUCGUGGAUCACACACACAUCCUGGACUUUGAUGUGAAGCGGCGGUUCUUCCGGCAGGAGCUGGAGCGGAUGGACGAGGGGAUCCGGAGAGAAGACCUGGCCGUGCAUGUCCGCAGAGAUCACGUGUUCGAGGACUCGUUCCGCGAGCUUCACCGCAGAACACCGGAGGAGCUGAAAAACAGGUUGUACAUCGUGUUUGAGGGGGAGGAGGGCCAGGAUGCCGGCGGGUUGCUAAGGGAGUGGUACCUCAUCAUCUCCAGGGAGAUCUUCAACCCCAACUAUGCCCUCUUCACUACAUCACCAGGUGACCGUGUAACGUACCGACCAAACCCCUCGUCACACUGCAACCCCAACCACCUCAGCUACUUCAAGUUUGUGGGGCGCGUCAUCGGCAAGGCUAUCUACGACAACAAGCUGCUAGAGUGUUACUUCACACGCUCCUUCUACAAGCACAUCCUGGGCAAGAAUGUCAAGUACACAGACAUGGAGAGCGAGGACUAUCAGUUCUACCAGGGUCUAACCUUCCUGCUGGAGAACAACAUUGAGGAGUCUGGUCUAGAACUCACCUUCAGCACAGAGAUCCAGGAGUUUGGUGUGACAGAGGUGCGUGACCUGAAGCAGAAUGGUCGCAACAUCACUGUUACGGAGGAGAACAAGCACGAGUACGUCAAACUGGUGUGUCAGCUCAAGAUGACUGGAUCCAUCCGCAAGCAGAUCGACGCCUUCCUGGAGGGAUUCUACGAGAUCAUUCCCAAACGACUCAUCUCCAUAUUCAAUGAACAGGAACUGGAACUGCUGAUUUCAGGUCUGCCCAACAUUGACCUGGAUGACUUAAAGGCCAACAGCGAGUACCACAAGUACCAGAGUAACUCCCUGCAGAUCCAGUGGUUCUGGAGAGCUCUUAGGUCCUAUGAUCAGGCGGACCGUGCCAAGUUCCUGCAGUUUGUGACGGGGACGUCCAAGGUGCCCCUGCAGGGGUUCUCCCACCUCGAGGGGAUGAACGGAACACAGAAGUUUCAGAUACACCGUGACGACCGCUCCACCGACAGGCUGCCGUCUGCACACACAUGCUUCAACCAGCUGGACCUCCCUCCCUAUGAGACAUAUGAGAAGCUCCACUAUAUGCUCAAGAUCGCCAUCCAGGAGUGCUCCGAAGGCUUUGGCUUCGCCUAACACCCCUCCCACACCUUCUGCCCUCCUUGUUGCAGAACUAUUGAUAUGAAGUACACAGUAGCCCUCUGACCCUGCCACCACCCCAGACCUACAGACUUACAGUGGCUGUUGGAGGCUCGAAGUUUGGAAUGUUGCCACAUGUAUGUAUGUGUACAGCUGUCAUGUACAGAAUUGGUGACGCUAGGACUUCCGUACGACAUAUGCUAAAAAUUUGACAGUAAAAAUGUUCGACCAUGUUGUUUGUCAGACAUAAAAAAUGCUAAUCCAAAUGGCCGCCCCCCUCUCCACCCUAGAUACUUAUAUACAAUGGAGACUGUCACAAAGGGGGAGGGGGGCAGUACAGCUUACUAAACGACGUAACUUCCAGCAGUGGACACUGGGAGAUGAAGUCAGCAUUGAGGAUCUCAGGCAAUAACGUUGCUGUUACAUGGCCAUGGUGCGUCAGUAGUUGACACAAGUAUUGAUCCUAGUAGCUAACUUCAGACACUAGUUUUGUAAAGAGAGAUGAUACCUUGGGUGGGUAAAGAGGAAGAAGAGACACUUGACUAUGUCCAGUGCGUUCAAAGCAUUUUGCCUGAAUUAUCUUGGUUGUAUUUAAGAUUCCGUGGUUUAGUAGACGUAGCUCUGUUGAAUAUAGGUGUUUUUUCACCUUGUCUAAGAGAUAAAAUUGCACUAUAAAUGAUGAAAGGUUCAUAUGUUGAAACUUCGAUAUUAUGAAGAUAUAUGUAUUGGAAAAGAUGUUGUUGCUUAUAGGCUUAUAGAUGUAAGAUAGCUUGGACGCAACUUAAGACAAGCAGAAGGGCACAGCCUCCAAAUUCAGAGAUUUUUCAUUUUUUGUUUUACCAUACAGGUUUACUUAAUAUUGAUGCCGAACUGUUACAUUUGAGGACUCUUGGAAAUUGUUGAAAAGUGAAUAAAUGUCAAAUGUGAGCCAA